AUGGUCAAAAUCGUAAUCAUUGGCGCUGGCAUUUCGGGGCUGAGCACCUACCUCUUUCUGCGCAAGCACCUUCUUCGUGAUCGUCACACUGAGGUUGAGCACGAGAGAAACAUUGGCAAUGAGAUAGAGAUCAAAAUCUACGAAGCCUACGACAUCCACGCCCCCAAAUUCAACGCCACUCUAUUCGACACGUCUGCCGGUGGUGUGAAGGGCGAGCAGGGCCCAACCCUCCCCGCAGACGAGACUCAACCAAUCUUUACGCCCCAGGCGAUCGGCUCCGCCAUUGGGAUAUCAAAGAAUGGACUGAGCGUGUUGUCUCGUCUUGAGGACCAUGACGAUGACGAGAUUCCAACCGGGGCUUCACACAAACUAAAGUCAAAGCGAGGCCCAUCUAUCAUGCACCAACUAGCCACGCACGGCCAUCCCAUCGACUGCUGGCAAAUCAGCACAGCGCGGGGCUUUACCAUCGUGGAUGUGAAGCUUAGACGCGCACACAACAGGGAGCCAGCCUCGCCGAAUGCAGAUGCCCAGAUGACGGAAGGGAGGGAUGGUACCAAACAGACAGACCUGUACCGCGGGAUCAUGAUUGCGCGGCAAUCGUGCUGGGAAAUCUUGCGUGAUCGCGUCCUCGACAUCGCCCCAGAUACCAUAUCCAAGAAAAGGGUCACGGAUGUGGAGAUCGGCGACAAGACAAGCCUUAAUAUCAUCACGUUUGAGGACGGAAGUCGCGAACUUGCCGACCUGGUCAUCGGCGCGGACGGCCUGAGGAGCGUUUUACGAAGGGCUAUGUUUCGAGGGCAGGGGGAGGAUCAAGCUUCUCAAGCUCAACGCAGCGGUGAUGGUGCUGGUGCUGGUGCGAGGAAAAGAAGCUGGAUCCAAGUCCUGAACGCGUACCUUCCAUUCUCCCGACCUAAAACGCCCACUGUCACAAAACCAGACUUUAUCUCCCCCCACUACGAAGGCCUAGUCGGCGUAGGCGGAUUCAUCCCCUCCUCGGUCCUUCAAUCGGCAGGCCAUAAGCCAGGCACAAUGGCGAUCGUCUUUGGCCCGAACGGGUUCUUCGGAUACGGGUACUUGAGUUCCGCCGUCGCCGCCGUGGCCGAGGAGGAGCAGCCGUUAUCGCCACCAACUCCGGGAUCAGGCUCAGGACAACCAGAACCAGGACCACACCCAGAACAUACAACAUCGAGUGUGGACGCAGACCCAACAAUCGGCCCCCUCUCGGUGUGGUGGUCCACCUUCUCCAGCCCGACGCCAUACCCUUACGCCAAGUCUGACUCUGGAACUUACGCCAACACACAGAGCGCGCACAGCGUACGCGGGACAGGCGACACACAAAAUUCAGUCCCAACACAACCGCCAACACAAACACAAACACAAGCACAAGCACAUACCUUUGACAAAAGCCUCGCCCUCGCGGCCCUCCUCGGCCGCCACUCUACGUGGAAAAACGCCACAGUGACCGCCAUCCUAAAAUACGUCAGCACACACGUCCCUGCCCACGAGCACAGCGCUGCUGCCGCCGCCACCACCACCAACACAAAUGACAGAGCCCUCGAUGCAUGCUACCCGACAUGGACCACCCCGGAACUGCCAACCUGGACGAAGAACGGCCGGGCCGUGCUCGUCGGCGACGCCGCGCACGCCUUACGGCCCAGUAGCGGGCAGGGGGCAUGCCAGGCGCUCGAGGACGCCGAGGCCUUGGCCCUGUUUCUGAGACGGUAUCUCGUCGGCAGCAGUAGUAGUGCGGCUUUGGCUACGGAUGCGGCUGCGCUUACUCCUCGUGCUACUCCUUCUGCGCCACUCUCGAUCUCGACGUCGACACCGGCAUCAGCUGACCCAGGCUGUAGCUGUAGCCGUACUCCUCCUCCUCCGGCUCCUGCUCCAGCUUCUUCUCUUGUUCGUCCUUCUGUCGACGUCUCCGAGUCUAAAUGCGACACCAACACCGACACCGACACCGACACCGGCGAUAACAAUAACAAUAACAAUGGAAAUGACAAUGACAGCAACGGAUUGAGACUGCAAUUCCACACUCACGACCUGUCCCGUGCCCUCGCCGCAUAUCACGCCUUCCGCGCGCCCCGCGUGCACAAGGUCCACGAACGCUCCCGGAAGAUGGCGGGUCUCAAGUCCGACAUGAACGUCGUGAUGGAGUACCUCAUGUACUUUUCCCUCUGGGUCAUGACGUGGUCGUGGCUGAGUUGGUGCCUCGCUCGACUCGGCGUCGGCGAUUGGGAGAGGUAUAAUGAGGAAUUGUUUGGCUAUGACCUUCCCGCCGAGGUGGAGUCGUUUCUCGAGAGGGAGGACACAAAGGAUGGGGCGAGGGUCAUGAAAUAG